AUGUUGGUGUCUGCCUACAGCUCUGAUACGGCAGAUAAAAGAACCAAGAGAGGCAGUGGUACGGAGAUCUACUCAUCCAGGUACUUCAACAGACCCUGGCAGUGGAAGAAGAUCCAAUGAAACUGCCAUUGGGCUAUUGUAGAGUUUGGAUCCAUCGGCAGGCCUUCUUCCCUUCUCUGGAAAGGGCAGAAGGAAUUGGCUGACAGAAAUGUGGCAGAACUGCGUAAGUACAGAGAAAGGAGCUAUUUUCAGAACACUGAAUUCCACAGGGAGAUUGGCAUUAUCCAGGGAAUGAUCUCCUGA